AUGUUGACUCGUCUUCGAAGUGCUGUUCUGCGUUGCUCUAUGAGCACACGUGCUGCCUCUGCCGCUGCGGCUCCUACAGCCACUGUUGCUGAGCACAAGGGCCGUGUGGGUUACGUCUCUCAAGUCAUUGGUGCUGUCGUCGAUGUGCACUUCGCCGAGGGUGUGCCGCCUGUGUUGACGGCCCUUGACGUUGUCGACAGUCUUGGCCGUGAUGAGCCCCUCACACUGGAGAUUGUGCAGCAUCUGGACGCACACACCGGCCGCUGCAUUGCGAUGCAGACAACAGAUCUGCUUAAGCUCAAGACAAAGGUAGUGUCAACGGGUGGUAAUAUUUCUGUGCCCGUAGGACGCGAAACACUUGGACGUAUCUUUAACGUUCUUGGUGAUGCUAUUGAUCAACGUGGUCCUGUUGGUGAGAAGCACCGCAUGCCUAUUCACGCCGUGGCACCUAAGCUUGCCGAUCAGGCAGCAGAAGAUGCUAUUCUUACAACCGGUAUUAAAGUUAUUGAUCUUAUUUUGCCUUAUUGCAAGGGAGGAAAGAUUGGUCUCUUUGGUGGUGCUGGUGUGGGUAAGACUGUUAUUAUCAUGGAACUGAUUAACAACGUUGCCAAGGGUCAUGGUGGUUUCUCUGUCUUUGCAGGUGUUGGUGAGCGUACUCGUGAGGGAACAGAUUUGUACUUGGAAAUGAUGCAGUCAAAGGUUAUUGAUCUCCAGGGUGAUUCCAAGUGUGUGUUGGUGUAUGGACAGAUGAAUGAGCCCCCAGGUGCUCGUGCUCGUGUUGCGCAAUCUGCCUUAACAAUGGCAGAGUACUUCCGUGAUGUGGAGGGACAAGAUGUGCUGCUCUUUAUCGAUAACAUCUUCCGUUUCACACAAGCCAACUCUGAGGUGUCUGCCUUGCUUGGUCGUAUUCCCGCCGCUGUUGGUUACCAACCCACACUUGCUGAAGAUCUUGGUCAAUUGCAGGAACGUAUUACAUCCACCACAAAGGGUUCCAUUACAUCUGUGCAGGCGGUGUAUGUUCCUGCGGAUGAUAUCACCGAUCCUGCGCCUGCCACCACCUUCUCUCACUUGGAUGCCACCACUGUGUUGGAUCGUGCGGUGGCCGAGUCUGGUAUUUACCCUGCCGUGAACCCACUGGAGUGUGCCUCGCGUAUUAUGGAUCCCGAUGUCAUCAGUGUGGAUCACUACAACGUGGCCCAGGAUGUGGUUCAGAUGCUCACCAAGUAUAAGGAGCUGCAGGAUAUUAUUGCCGUGCUCGGUAUUGAUGAACUUAACGAGGAGGAUAAACUUAUCGUGGAUCGUGCCCGUAAGGUGACCAAGUUCCUCUCCCAACCCUUCCAGGUUGCGGAGGUCUUCACAGGUAUGACGGGCCACUACGUGCAGCUGGAGGACACCAUUGACUCCUUCUCUGGUCUGCUGAUGGGUAACUACGAUCAGGUGCCGGAAAUGGCCUUCUACAUGGUUGGCGGCAUCACAUCUGUGCUCGAGAAGGCAAAGAAGAUGGCGGAGGAGGCCGCGGAGCUCGAGAAGCAACGCCGUGCCCGCGCUGCUCAGGCAAGCCAGUAG